GAAAACAAAACAAAACAAAACAAAAACAAAACAGCGAGUCGCGAGCCAACACAACACCGCCGAUCUGGAAUCCUCCAGGCUUCGUCGCUCUCCUCCUCCCCCACACCAAGCGCAACCGAGGCCGCCAUUACCGGCCAGAUCCGAGGACCAGGACGAGGACGAGGACGAGGAAGGGGCGAUGACGGGAGGCGCGGCGGCGUCGCAGGCGUACGGGGAGGCGUGGUACUGGGACGAGCGGUACCGCAAGGAGGCCGGGCCCUUCGACUGGUACCAGAAGUACCCGGCCCUCGCGCCGCUGCUACGCCUCUACGUCCAGCCGCACCACCGGCUCCUCCUCGUCGGGUGCGGGAAUUCCGUCUUUGGUGAAAACAUGGUUGAUGAUGGUUAUCAAGACGUUGUCAACAUUGAUAUAUCUUCAGUGGUUAUUGAGCAAAUGAAGAAGAAAUACCAUGACAAGCCUCACCUUAAAUACAUGAAGAUGGAUGUAAAGAACAUGUCUGAUUUUGAGUCUGGUUCAUUUGAAGCAGUUAUUGACAAAGGAACCCUAGAUUCUAUUAUGUGUGGCCAAAAUUCACAAGAGAAUGCAACGAAAAUGCUAGAGGAGGUCAACAGAAUCCUUAAGGAAAAUGGUGUCUACAUGCUGAUCACUUAUGGGGAUCCAAGUUACCGAUUACGUCUCCUGAAGGACAUGGAAAAUUGGACGGUAAAGCUCCAUGUCAUAGAAAGAUGGGAGAGAAGCGCAAAUCAGGAUAAAUGGGAACUGACAAAACCAUUGCCUUUAGACGAUGACAACGCAUCAGUAGUUUCAGUUCUAGGACCGAAACCUGAUGUUCACUACAUCUAUGUCUGUGUAAAGGGCAACGAUGGUGCAAGGGCGGAUUCUAGUGCUGGAGAAGUCGUCGACUAGUCCCACCAAUAACCCUCUGAACCCGUCGUGCAUAGCCAGUGUAGCGAAUAAUGUAGAACAGAUAUUGUACCUCUAAUUGUCGUUGCUUGAUGAACUCGUUCAGUGAAGUUGUACUAGAUGUUUCUUUCUAGAUCAGCUGUAUGAGAUGUUUUCGUGGUUCCUGUUGUGCACCCAAUCCCAUUAAAUCCCGUCUGGAAACAGAUGUGGCGAUUUCCUGGCAA